CACAGACACAGUGUAACGCGGACCCAGCUCUGUGUUAUCCAGGUCCAGGAAUACGUUACAGUGGACCGCACGCAAUUAAGAUGAAGAAUUCGCAGUGUUAUCAAUGAAAGAAUUUUAAUAUCGCGAGAUCGGAGUAGAUAUUAAAAAAUGCCAUGAGCUCAGCUGGUAAUAUAACCGAUGACCUGUGCAAGAUAUGUGACGGCAGGAUAGAAUGCGCGCCCACGGCGAUCCUGCUGAUCUCGCUCGUGCACACGCUAUACGGCUACAUCGGCCCGGAGCCAGACUACUUUGGCAGGAGCAAUCUACCACCUGCCGCACCCCAAGGGCCGCCUGGUCGCCCCGCGCCCCAGCCUCCGGCCCCGCUAGCCACCAGCGACCACAAAUACAGAGCCUUCGCUAAACACAAGUUUUUAGAGGAAAGCGGCAAGAGCUACGAGGAGGGCCCGGACGUGGUGCUGAGCGACCGGGAGUUGGAGUACGACUUUGUGGUGGUGGGCGGUGGCACGGCGGGCUGCGUCGUCGCCAGUCGCCUCUCCGAGAAUAGGAAAUGGAGAGUUCUGGUUGUGGAUGCCGGACCGGAGGAACCUAAAAUGGCGCUCAUUCCGGGGCUGACCAGUGAGUUCAAAGGGUCCUCAGUGGACUGGCAAUAUGCAAUGAGACCAAAGAAAGGAUUUUGUCAGAAUCGACACGAGUUGGGGUGCGAGGUGGUGCAGGGGCGCGUGCUGGGCGGCACCUCAGCCAUCAACGACAUGGCGUACAUGCGUGGUAGUCCCGCAGAUUACGAUGAGUGGAUGCUCAGUGGCAACGAGGGCUGGAGCUUCAGCCAGCUACUGCCCUACUUUAAGUACUCCGAGGGCAACUACGACAAAGAUAUUGCCAAAAAUAGAUUCUUUCAUUCGACGCAAGGCCCCCUGGACGUCGGUAGAUAUCCGUACGUCGACGACAACGUCGACGUCCUUCUGAGCGCCUUCAACGAGCUCGGCUACAACUACACCGAUAUCAACGGCCGCAACCAGUUGGGCUUCAUGCGGAUACAGACCAUGUCGUACUUCGGCGAAAGAGUCAGUUCGUACACGGCCUUCAUCGACCCCAUCCGCAAGCUGCGCUCCAACAUCGACAUCGAGACGGAGGCACUCGUCACCCGUGUUUUAUUUAAGGACACUCGAGGAUCCGUUCGAGCCAUAGGUGUAGAUUAUAUUAAGAAUGGUACAAAAACGAGAGUAAAAGCGAAAAAGGAAAUCAUCUUAUGCGCCGGCGCGAUAAACACGCCGAAGCUUUUGAUGCAGUCGGGUAUCGGGCCCAAGGACUAUUUGGAAUAUUUAAAUAUUAAGGUGUACAACGACUUGCCAGUCGGGGGAAACUUUCAUGAUCAUCUGUCCGUGUGUCUACCCGUCAUUAAGCUCACUAAAACGGCCACCACAUCUAGAUUUUCGGAAAAACUCAAAGAUAUAUCAUCAUAUUAUGCUAAAGGCACGGGCCCUCUGUCGGCUAAUUUUCAGGUAGUGGCGUUUUUAGAAACCUCCUUAUCCGAUAUAAUCGGCACACCAGACAUUGAAGUUAGAUUCCGUGGACAUGACUCUAACAUGUAUUACGACAGAAUUGAUAUUUGUGUCUCCCUUCUAACACCGAAAAGCCGAGGACAAAUCGUUCUCAAUGCGACGGAUCCCGUUUUUGGCAAACCCUUAAUUUACCCGAAUUUUUUAAAAGAGCAAUCAGACGAGAAAAAAUUAUUAGAAGGAAUACAUGAAAUUGUUAAACUUUUCGACACGGAAGUAUUCAAAACGGCCUCCUUCGAGUUCGAUCCUCUACCGAUAUUAAACAAUGAAUGCAAAAAUUAUGAAAAAGUGUCUGAAGAUUUUUGGGCGUGCAUAAUAAGACAUUUUUCAAGUCCAUUACAUAACUAUGUCGGGACUUGUAAAAUGGGCUCCUCGAAGGACCCCGAGUCGGUAGUCGAUAAUAACCUGAAAGUAUACGGCAUAGCGAAUUUGAGAAUAGUCGAUGGCUCGGUUAUACCGAAAAUAACCCGAGGAUCAACGGCGGCACCUAUUAUAAUGAUAGCUGAAAAGGCUAGUGAUUUAAUAAAAACUACUUGGUAUUAA